GAGCCUGUGUGCUGAGCUUAUGAGAGUACCAUUUAAAAUGAAAAGAAACUAAAAUUUGUAGGUGGUAGUGGGCAUUUUAAAAGAACUCGCAAAACUUUGAGCCAUUUGAAUAUUCUGAUUCCAAGCUGUGAAGAGGAUGCAAGAAGGAUGUGCAGAAGAUGGUAUCUUCUGUUUCCCAAGGGAACGGGAAGACCAACAGUGAGGAGUUUUGAAAUCAAGAUUGAUUAACCAACACGAAAAGACCCAGCUGGUUAUGUGACUUGGAACCCUGUUUAUGAAGCACUCAUUCGUUUUUACAAGAUGACAGCACUGUCCAUAGGAAGAAAUGACCAUGUAGAUUCUACAGCUUGGGUGCAGCAUAAUGGGAAAUGGUGAAUGGAAUGGAGCUGGUCUGCAGCCUUGAAAGCAGCCGUUCUGUGGACCACUAGUCAGUCAGGGACACCUUGCACGCCAGAGGCAUCCUCCACGUCGCUCGCUGGACACACACUGGAUUCUUUUUAAUUUCUUAGAUUGGAAUUCAAGAUUCCUUUCCUUCAAUUUUUAAACAGUUUUAAGAUUGUAUCAACUAUAACGAGUGGAGCAAUAUAAUCAGCAACAAUGGGUGACAUGACAAAUAGUGAUUUUUAUUCCAAGAACCAAAGAAAUGAGGCCAACCAUGCAGGAGAAUUUGGGUGCACACUGCAAGAACUGCGCUCCCUCAUGGAACUUCGAGGAACAGAAGCAGUAGUAAAAAUUAAAGAGACAUACGGGGAAACAGAGGGGCUCUGCAGACAUCUGAAGACAUCACCAACAGAAGGAUUAGCUGGCACUGCUGCAGACCUAGAAAAAAGAAAGCUUAUUUUUGGAAAAAAUUUUAUACCUCCAAAGAAGCCAAAAACAUUCUUACAGCUAGUCUGGGAAGCAUUGCAGGAUGUGACUCUUAUAAUCUUGGAAAUUGCAGCCAUCAUAUCUUUGGGGCUUUCGUUUUAUCAGCCGCCUGGAGAAGGGAAUGAAGGAUGUGGUACUGCAACAGGAGGAGCUGAAGAUGAAGGUGAGGCUGAAGCUGGCUGGAUUGAAGGUGCUGCCAUCCUACUCUCUGUUAUCUGUGUUGUACUUGUCACUGCCUUCAAUGACUGGAGCAAGGAGAAGCAGUUUCGUGGGCUUCAAAGUCGUAUUGAGCAGGAACAGAAAUUUACUGUUGUUCGAGGUGGACAGGUUAUCCAAAUCCCAGUGGCAGAGAUAGUAGUUGGUGACAUUGCACAGGUGAAAUAUGGUGAUCUGCUACCUGCUGACGGGAUAUUUAUUCAAGGAAAUGAUCUUAAAAUUGAUGAAAGCUCUUUAACUGGAGAGUCAGACCAAGUCCGCAAAUCUGUUGACAAAGACCCAAUGCUACUGUCAGGUACUCACGUCAUGGAAGGCUCUGGACGAAUGCUUGUAACUGCUGUGGGUGUGAAUUCUCAGACAGGCAUCAUCUUUACUCUGCUAGGUGCUGGAGGAGAAGAAGAAGAAAAGAAAGAUAAGAAAGGUGUGAAACGGGAGGAUGGACAUCAGCUUCCAGCUACAGAUGGUGCAUCAGGUGCAAAUGCCACUGAUAAUGCAAAUGCCAGCUUAGUCAAUGGCAAAAUGCAGGAUGGGAAUAUGGAGAACAGCCAGAACAAAGCCAAGCAGCAGGAUGGGGCUGCUGCCAUGGAGAUGCAGCCACUGAAGAGUGCAGAAGGGGGAGAGGGAGAUGACAAAGACAAGAAGAAAUCCAACAUGCACAAGAAAGAAAAAUCUGUUCUUCAGGGAAAGCUGACCAAGCUGGCAGUCCAGAUAGGCAAAGCAGGUUUGGUGAUGUCUGCCAUCACUGUAAUAAUUUUGGUAUUAUAUUUUGCCAUUGACACGUUUGUGGUCAACAAGAAGCAGUGGUUGCCUGAGUGCACUCCUGUCUAUGUUCAGUAUUUUGUUAAAUUCUUCAUUAUUGGUGUUACUGUACUUGUGGUUGCUGUUCCUGAGGGACUUCCACUUGCUGUCACUAUUUCUCUGGCUUAUUCUGUAAAGAAAAUGAUGAAGGAUAACAAUCUGGUCCGCCACUUAGAUGCUUGUGAAACUAUGGGUAAUGCUACAGCCAUCUGCUCCGACAAAACAGGGACACUAACAACCAACCGGAUGACGGUCGUCCAAGCCUAUGUUGGUGAUGUCCACUACAAAGAGAUCCCAGACCCAGAUUCUGUACCCGCCAAAACCCUUGAUUUGCUGGUUAAUGCAAUUGCUAUCAACAGUGCUUAUACUACAAAAAUUCUGCCACCAGAAAAAGAGGGUGGCUUGCCUCGCCAGGUAGGCAAUAAGACGGAGUGUGGCCUCUUGGGAUUUGUCCUGGAUUUGAAGCAGGAUUAUGAGCCUGUUCGGAACCUCAUCCCCGAGGAGAAACUCUAUAAAGUUUACACGUUCAACUCUGUCAGAAAGUCAAUGAGUACUGUCAUUAAAAUGCCAGAUGGUAGUUUCCGAAUGUACAGCAAAGGAGCUUCUGAAAUUGUUCUGAAGAAAUGUUCCAGGAUCCUUAAUGCAGCUGGUGAACCUCGUAUCUUCAGACCACGUGACCGAGAUGAAAUGGUGAAGAAAGUGAUUGAACCUAUGGCCUGUGAUGGACUGAGAACUAUCUGUGUUGCUUUCCGAGACUUUAACAGCAGCCCAGAGCCUGACUGGGACAAUGAAAAUGACAUAUUAUCUGACCUGACUUGCAUUUGUGUUGUUGGCAUUGAAGACCCAGUAAGGCCAGAGGUCCCAGAAGCCAUAAGAAAGUGCCAGCGAGCUGGAAUUACAGUCCGCAUGGUCACUGGAGACAACAUCAACACAGCACGUGCCAUUGCCAUAAAAUGUGGAAUCAUUCAUCCGGGAGAAGACUUUCUCUGCCUCGAAGGGAAAGAGUUUAACAGAAGGAUCCGAAAUGAGAAGGGAGAGAUUGAGCAAGAGCGGAUUGACAAAAUCUGGCCAAAGCUUCGAGUGCUUGCUCGCUCAUCUCCCACGGACAAACACACUUUGGUAAAAGGUAUUAUUGACAGCACACAGGUGGAACAGAGGCAGGUUGUAGCUGUGACUGGUGAUGGCACCAACGAUGGACCAGCACUUAAAAAAGCUGAUGUUGGCUUUGCAAUGGGUAUUGCUGGAACAGAUGUUGCAAAGGAAGCCUCAGAUAUCAUCCUAACAGAUGACAAUUUCAGUAGCAUUGUGAAGGCUGUAAUGUGGGGACGUAAUGUCUAUGAUAGUAUCUCCAAGUUCCUGCAGUUCCAGCUCACUGUUAACAUUGUGGCUGUGAUUGUGGCUUUCACUGGAGCAUGCAUUACCCAGGACUCUCCUCUAAAAGCUGUACAGAUGUUGUGGGUCAAUCUAAUUAUGGACACCUUUGCCUCACUUGCUUUGGCCACCGAACCUCCAACAGAGGCUCUAUUGCUAAGAAAGCCAUAUGGCAGGAACAAACCUCUUAUAUCCCGUACCAUGAUGAAGAACAUUCUGGGCCAUGCUGUUUAUCAGCUUACUCUCAUAUUUACACUUCUUUUUGUCGGUGAGAAAAUGUUUAAGAUUGACAGUGGGAGGAAUGCACCACUUCACUCUCCUCCUUCAGAGCAUUACACUAUUAUCUUCAACACCUUUGUCAUGAUGCAGCUUUUCAAUGAGAUCAACGCACGGAAAAUCCAUGGCGAAAGAAAUGUCUUUGAUGGCAUCUUCAGAAAUCCUAUUUUUUGCACUAUUGUACUGGGUACAUUUGCUAUUCAGAUAGUAAUUGUCCAGUUUGGAGGAAAACCAUUUAGUUGUUCUCCCCUCCAGCUUGACCAGUGGAUGUGGUGUGUAUUUAUUGGAUUAGGAGAACUUGUAUGGGGUCAGGUCAUUGCAACCAUCCCGACAAGUAGGCUAAAGUUUUUAAAGGAGGCAGGGAGGCUCACUGAGAAGGAGGAGGUCCCUGAAGAAGAACUCAAUGAAGAUGUUGAAGAAAUCGAUCAUGCAGAGAGAGAACUUCGACGUGGACAAAUUCUCUGGUUCAGAGGGCUCAACAGAAUCCAAACCCAGAUCCGCGUCGUGAAGGCAUUCCGUAGCUCUCUCUAUGAAGGUUUAGAAAAACCAGAAUCUAGAACCUCUAUUCACAACUUUAUGACUCAUCCUGAAUUUAGGAUAGAAGAUUCCCAGCCCCACAUCCCACUCAUUGAUGACACAGACCUAGAAGAAGACCCUGCUCUCAAGAAAAACUCGAGUCCACCGUCUUCGCUGAACAAGAACAACAGUGCUAUCGACAGUGGAAUAAAUCUUACAACUGAUACAAGUAAAUCAGCUACCUCUUCUAGUCCAGGAAGCCCAAUACAUAGCCUGGAGACAUCACUUUAGCUGAAAAGGUCACUGCAAAAAAAAUUAAAAUGAAAUAAAAUAAAAAACCCACAGCAACCGAAAUAUAUAAAUAUAUAUAUUAAAAACAUUGCUGGCUGAAAAGCUGUUUGAACUCUUAUUCACUCUGAGACAAGUGAAUGAAUUGUUGAUCACAAUGGUUUUGGGGAAAGAAUGAAUGGCUGAUUUACAUACCCCCCUUGUUCCCUUUCAGAAAAAAACAAAAAAAAUCCUCCUGCAUGAAUGUACUGUACACUUCUGGCCCUUCUUUCUCUCUUUUUGUUUCUUUUUAUUUCCUUUUUUUUUUUCCUCCUUAAGCAGGAACUGCAGAGGACUUCUUUCUGAGGCUAUUUAUCCAAUUCACUGGUCUGUGAGUUUUUUGAAAUGCUUGUGUGGCAUGGACUCAAUUGUAUAGAUUAAUUUAAAUAACUUUUUUGAAGUUGCAAAGCUUAACUUGCACAGUAGAUUUGCACCAGUUGGACAGAGGAACUUAAACA